AUGGAAUAUACUCCAGCUCUGGCGAAAUGCUACUCAUUGCUGCUAUCGAAUAUUCCGCAUGCUGUUACGAAUUUGGAGGUUGCAUCCAGAGAUUCGUCUUCAGUUCUCUUUUCCUGGGAUGUACCGGAGCAACCUGUUGAUCAGUACCAAGUAACACUGGACAAAGGCACCAGCGUAUUCAGGCAGAUUAAUGUUACAACAAAUUCUGCUCGCUUCAGUGAGCUGGAACCAAAUACAAAUUAUACGGCAUACGUGACAACAUUCAAUAAAUAUGGUUCAAGUCCUCCGUCAUUCAAAAUUUCCUUCGAAACACUUCCUGACAAUGAGCACAGCGAAAGGCCACUGCCACCAUCAGCACUGCACGUUGCAUGGAAUCACGGAAGACGCGUGAACGUCACGUGGGACUGGAGUGCAAUGCGCUAUAAUGGACAAAAAAUUACUGAACCUGUAACAUACGUUGUUAAUUAUGUGCCUGCUGGAAAUGCAUCUUCCUGGACAUCG